GCACUGUUGUGUUUUAACUUUAACUGGAGCUGUUUUGUGUUGUUUGGUCUGGUGACCUGGGAGCAAUUUUCGACGCUUGAAUGACAACAAUUAUUUUAUUGUAUUGUAUUCUGUACUGUUCUGUGGGUUUUUUAUUAUUAUUAUUGGUCGUUCAAAUACAAUAAUUAUCGUUCGUCUGGCAACAAAUGAUAGUACUAAAUACUCAACCAAUUAAGUAAAUAAUGUAUUGUAUAGAUUUUGGGUGACCUACUACUAAUUGAAUCUACAGUUAUGGACCUCUUAAAUUUAAUUUGGUUAAUUCAAGAUUAAAUCCUGACACCAAAGACUUUACUAUCAGAAAAUGUAAACAUAUGACUGAGGAGCAUAUAUAAGUAAUUAGAUACUGUGAACAUAAUGUGUAGCAGAGUUUAAACAUAUAACAGGUUAUUGUGGUCGUCAGGUCGAGCGAAGGCACCAGAAACACCCGGCUGCUGCCGCUGCACGGUGGGCUGGCCUUCUGCUACUGUCUGGGAUCAGGUAACCUCCAGCACCGGACGGAAGCGCCGCUUUUAGCCGUAGCGGCGGUUCCAAUGAGGCAGGGAAGUACUUGAACAAACGUGUGUUACUGUUAUUUUACAAGUUUAUUACUAAAGCCGCGACUCUCUGUCGUUCUCGUUUUUAUUUCCGUCUGUGGGACAUUUUAAAGUGAAGGAGGGGAGCGUGGAAGUGGAGGACGUGGCCGUUGGUGCUGUUAUGAGGAGAGUCACUCAGGUGUUGAGCCGCUACAGGACAAGUUUGACUCUUGUUUUUUUGGUAGAAGCCCGGCAUUUCUUUUUCUUUUUUCCCUUAUAAGUGUGCGUGUUCAAGGACUUAAACUCAACUUCUUCGCAUCGUUUCUUAUUUGAGUCGUGGACAAGGCCAAGCUUAAACAGGUCCAGGGAUGGAUGAGACAGAGAAGUACCAGCGUCGACAGGAGGCCAUUGCUGAAAAGCUUAGACAGCAGAAUGAGGAAGACAGAGUCAGGAGAGAGAUGGAGGACGAGAAGAUCAGACUGCAGCAGCUGAAGAGAAAAUCUUUAAGGGACCAGUGGCUAAUGGAAGGAGCUAAUUUGUCCCCAACAUCUCCAACACCUUGUUUCCAUCUGGGGGACUCCAACGCCCAUGAGAAAGAAGAGCAAAUUGACAUGUAUGCCCACCUGUGUGUGAAGUCGUGUGUUUGUGUGUUACUGCAAAAUAGAGCUCAAAGACUAAGAGCUAACGAAGAGCUGUCGCCUUUUUGUUAUAACAACAGUUCCUGGUGGUUGCUGUCAAAAACGGAUCAGUUGGCAGAGGAGAAAGAGAAGAACCAGCUUAGGGACGGACAAGUGCCUUGCUUUAACCCUUUCCCAUCCCUUCUUGGAGUGGCUAAGGGAGUUUCCGUAUACCUAUUCAUCAAUCAGACAUCCUCUCACUUCUCAGGAUUAAAGGUCCAGUGUCAUCUCUCCUGGACAUCUCCAUACCUCCAUAGAUAUCAUUUUAUGUUUUUGUUUUCCCCAGUGGCAGCUGAUGUGGACAUAGAUAUGAACAGGUCCCUGCAGGGUGGACAUGAGGUUGUGUCAAUUGCCAAUGGAGGAGAGUCGAACAACAUUUGUCACAAGGUCAACAGACCCUGCAGCUCCUCGGAAGCUGUUAGUUUUAAGGUAGAGCCUGAGUUAGGCCUUGGUGUUUCAGAGGCCGAGUCUUGUCAUGUUUCUGACCUUGGAUGUAGUGCAGAAGAGGAGGGAACUUUGUUGAUCCGAGCAGAGUGUGUGAUGAUCACAGAUGAAGGAGAUGAAGCUUCUGAUUAUAUUUUAGCAUCCGCGCAGUGCAAAGAAACCCAUCUGCCAUAUCAGGGAGUGAGCAUGAAUGGAGGGGAGAUAGUAGAAGAUGAAUUGAAAACAAAAAUAGCUCAAGAACCUUUAACACAUCCCAAGAAGAACCCAGAACAGGAACCUGCUCCAGAGACACUAUGGCCCACAGUAGCUGAGGAUUUUUACCUUGACACAAAUGAAAACGAGAACAGUGAGGUGAAAGGUGAAGCACUGGAUAAACUGGAAAAAAGUAAAACUUCAACAGAAACAGUUCACCUCCCAGACAUUGCUUUAGAGGACAUUGUAUUGGCUUCAGUGCCAGUCUAUGCUGAGGUGGAACCCCCUACCAUUACAGCCACGGCUGAGGUUGAACCCUUGAUGUUGUCAGCUAAAGUCAAAGAUCCUGCAGCACAAUCUGGUCACUUUCAGGAGGUGCCUCUGGCUGUUCAUCAGGAAAACCAGAGAAAAGAGCCGAGGCCAGAGCCUGAGCAUGAGCCCCUCCUGUCCUACAGCAAAACCUCUGAGUCAGCAGCAGCGGCUGACAGCUCCAUAAAUGUGGACACACAUAGCCAAGAGAAGAAAAGUCAAGAGGGUGAAAUGAAGGCACCCAAAUGGAAAAGCUGCCGGUGUUGCUCUGUUAUGUAAAUGAUCAAAGAGUAGGUCAACUUUUUCUCUUCUUAUAUUGACUCUCUGAUGUUCAACACAGACUCACUUCUUCCUCUGUUGCAACGAUGCAUCGUGAAUCAAUUCAAAGAACAAAUGCGUGACUGUUCGCAUCGUUGAAAUGAAAAAUGAAUCUCUCAUCAACUCAGUGGUCAUACCAUGAGACUACACACUCUGGUACAGUAGGUGGCAGUACAUGCCUUAAAACGUUGGUUGUGACAUGUUUUUAAACCAAGAGGUCGCUACGUGACUUUCAGGUGUUCAAACAGACACAAACAGUGUUUCUCUAAAGAAAACCAGCUCUUUCCAGUUAAUAUAUUUUAUAUUCUUUUAUUGGUUAAUAUAUUGACAGUUAGCAAGGGAAAUGCUGAAAAAAAUGCUAAUGUGCAGUGUUUCUGUAAAGAAAUGUGCAGUUUUUGUAUUCUGUUAUUUAAGAUAACAAUUUCAUUGUAUUUGGUUUUAACCUGUCUGGAGAUGUCUGGUUUUGUGAACAAAAACAUCACAAAUCACAUUGUAUUGUGAGUUGAGUGUACCGUUACACCCCUACUGGGCAGGAGUAGAGCACUCUGGUCAAGGACACUGACUGACAGUACAAUAUUUGAUUUCUGGGACAUUCAAAUUCAAGGAUUGCUAUUUCUGUGAAACCUAGUUUUUUUUUUUUAACAUUGUAAACACUACAUGAAUAUCAUUGAUUGUGAUAACGGGGUCCUCGACGUACUUACCUCCGUUCCUACAGUGCAACAUAAUUCAAUUUUCACCGUAAGGCAGACUUCACAUUCUGUACGUCAGUACCUGUCACUCUCCUACACUAACACAGUGGUGACAUCAUAAUCUAGGACAUAAAAACAUCAGAGGUUUCUGACUUAGUGAAUGUAGCACAAUGUAUGACGUACACCCAGCGACUGUAAACAACGCCGUCUUCCACGUGAUGACGUAUCCAACCGCUUUCUGUCUGCCAACUAGUUCUUACACGAAAUUAGUUUUAAAGCCGUACGUUGAAAUAACGAAACAAGACUUACGGGAGAUGGCGAUGUAACCAUGAAACGCCGUAGGUUGACGGCAUCGUAAACCGAGGACCUGGUGUAUUUGGUAUUGACCUCAUGACCUUGAACUCAUUUUAUGAAUGUGUGUAGGAAACCAGUUACAAACUACAACUGGAAAGGAUUAGGCUUUUAUAAUGAAGCGGAUACAUCUCCAUGCAGUUUUUUUGCCUUUAGUGUGAAGUACAUAUUUCUGGCUACUGUUGCUUGUGUAUGUAUGAUUUAUUUUGUCCAGAACUCUUUUUAUUAGCGAUUUCAAAGUGCAUAAAACUGCUCUGUGUUCGAUAUAUCAACUGUAUACAGAAAAGGAUAUAAAAAUACAAUAAACCUGUAUGAUAAUGUAUGGAUUGAUGAUUAAACUGAAUUAUAUUUAAAUGAGUGUGUAUUACUAGAUGUUGAAUACGCCCAGGUUGAAGGUGAAGGUGAAGGUGAAGGGUGACGACUGUCAAGAAAGGCUACAGGCGUUACGCCAACCUUUACUGUUUACCAACCCAACAUUUCAGCACCAAAAGAGGUAGUGACAUUGCCUAAAUAGUAAACACUUCAAAGUAAUCAUGAAAUAUUUUUAAUCAAGCAUCUUGCAAAAUUUACAUAUUUAAUUUUUUUUAUCUAUAACUAUUAGAAUCUUAAAACUUAAAAGUUCCCAGUAGUUUUAAAUAACAUUUUUGGAUGACUGUUGAUUUUUAUAAAAUCAACAGUCAUUCAAAAAAAUGUUUUUUAUGUUUUGUAAAUUGUCUUGGUAAUAUAGAAAAUAAAGCAGUUAUAAAAGGUACAACAAUAACAUUAUAUUGGGCAGUAGCUUUGAGUUAGAAAUAGGAAAUAAAGGGUUAGCAUUUGUGGAAAAAAUCUUUUUACUAGGUUGGCAGUGUGAUAAACAAGAAGUGUUGGUGUUUACUGAGCAGAUUUACCACUUGUCUGCCUUGGAUUCUUUGAUAAACUCUUAUUAACAUCUAAAAGUAAAAGGUUGUCAUAGACUAAACUAAAUGGAACGUGAUGCCACCAUUAAUUUAUGUUCAUUUUUGUUUGUUUUAUCUGAAGACCUUGGAUAUUCCAGUAAAACUCAACUCAAAUGCUAUUGCAUAAGAUGUACUUUGUCUUGUUUGUGUGUUUAACAGUUAGCAAACACCACUUGUAGGUUGUUUCACAAUCACAAAGUUGAUUAGUUGUAGGGUCAACUUUUAUUGUCAAUAUUGCAAAACUACAGGUUUCUAUAAAAUUGGAACGCUGCUAACCAAAAGUGUCAUAAUCGCCUUUCAACUGAAACUUGACAAAGAAGCCGAAAGGACGCUAACAUGUUUGCCAUUGCAACUACAUUUCUAGGCUUAGUGGCUCUAAGUCUUUCAGAUCCUCGGCCCUGUGAGGAUUUGGCCAUGGCUUUGGAUCCAGUGGAUCCUCAACAGUUUCAGGGAAUAUGGGCCUUAGUCGCAAGCGGCAUGCAAGAGCCUUCUGGGGCAGAAACUCUUAAGAAACGAGACAGCAUAACUGUUAAUGUCACUGGCACCUCCUACACCCAAGCCAUCCGUCAUGGUAAUCAGUGCAUGUAUCGGCACCAGGACCUGAAGAUGGAAGGCAACGUGUUUAGCACACAAGUUCUAGAAUGGAAAUUCUCCGGUACCUUACUGAAGAGCUCUUGUACAGAUUGUAUGGUGGUCAAGUUUGAAGGGGUGUCGGCAAGUCAGAGGUUUUUGGACCUGUACCUGUUCAGCAGAAGGAGAGAAGUGACACAGGAGGAGAUGGAUGAGUUCAAGGCUCAAGUGAAUUGUUUGAACAUCCCAGAACCUGUGUUGAUGGAUCCUACAAAAGACCUUUGUCCAGACCCUUCAGACUUGCUUUCACAGGCUGCGGAGGAGUGAGAGACCCUGGUACGAGAUCUGAUCUGACAUGGUUUGAACACAUGUUUGUCCUUACCAGGUUUAAGAAUGUUGUGUGGGGGAGACCAAAAUGUUUCAAAUAAAUAUGAUGUACAUCAUAAA